UCUACAACCGGUGUUACCUCGUCUCGAUUAUCCUUAUUGCGUCAAAUGCUAAGAAAAUUGCAAAAUUGUCUUUCAUAGCCCAAAAAUAUGUUUAACCGUAAAGUUGUGGGUGUUUCUGUGGGUUUUAGUAGUUGUUUAGCAGCAGGCGUAGGUCUCAAUUUCUUUAAAAAGAACUCAAAACUGGACAAUAACGAAAAAGGCACCCAGAAAACUGAAGCAGAAAAGCGCAAAAUUUUGCUGGAUGGGUAUGAACUGAAACAAGUUCAGGUCAUAAUCAGGCAUGGAGCAAGAACCCCUAUUCACACUAUGCUUAAUACAGAGCAGGUUGACUACAGUAAUCAGAUGUUUAUAGGCGACCUACCAUACACAGUAUACAAAUACCAGGCUGUGAAUUUAGAUGGUGGCCCGAGACCUAUCUCUACAUACGAUGCACAUUACAGCAAACCAGAAAGGUUAUUGAAGGGUGGAGCAAAACGAGGAUGGCUCACAAAACUCGGACAAGAUCAAAUGUAUCAAAUUGGUCGGUUGCUACGGAAACAAUACAUACAGGAAGCUAAGAUGAUAGACAGUGAAUUUAAUCCAACCCAAAUAUAUGUACGAUCAACCAAUACUGACCGGACUGUCGGAACAGCAAGAUGUCUCGUUGCGGGGAUGUUUGGAGCAGAAGCCCUCAGUAAACUACAAGAACCUGUAAAAAUCCAUGUUCGUCAACAAAGCGAGGAUGAGUUGCUGCCGCGGACGGGGGUAUGUCGCGUGUUACGUCAGAUUAAUCAUUAUGCUAUGAUACAUGGCGGGGACUUAUCAGGAUUGAGAGAAAACAGACUUCUCAUAGAGGAUUUACUUGGCUUUGAACCUGAUGGUACACCUGGGAAACAUAAGCUUAACUUUAUAGAUGUUCGGGACGACAUUGUAGCCAGAGAGACACAUGGGUAUCCUUACCCCGAAAAGUUGAAGCCACACCGUCCAAUGAUAGAGGAAAAUGCUUCAAAAGUCAUGUACUAUGCUUUCUGUGCACAUCAAGAGUCUGAGAGAGAACUUGCAAUGAAAUUGUCUACUGGCCCUUUACUCAAGUUAUUAAUAGACACAGCAGAAAACGCAGAACAACUUGGGACAAAGAUGUAUUUAUAUUCAUGCCAUGACUCUACCCUGGUAGGGCUUCUAGGGACAUUGGACGUCUAUGACUUUAACUGGCCUCCAUUUGGAUCUCAUGUGAUACUAGAAAUGUAUGAAAAUAAAGAAGAUAAAAAGAAAUAUGUCAGGGUAUCAUACAAUGGAAAGGAUCAGAUAGUAAGAGGAUGUAGUUCUGAGUUAACUUCCCUUGAAGAUUUUAAGAAAAAUGUAGGACAUUAUGCAAUAGAUAAAAAGGAGUAUAACGAAGUUUGUUCUUCCAAUAUUCUAGAAGUUAUUGCCAAAGAUGUGAUGGCUCAAGAGAAAGGUGAGAUCGAGGAUAGCGAAGACAAGGAGAGGUCAGAUACUCCUGCAGGAAUGUAAAAUGUGGGGAAUGGGGGAGGAGCAAAUGGUGUUAUCCCUGCCUGGGUGUGUCUGUUUUUACAUAUCUGUGUAGAUACACGAAACUUUAUAAACAGUGGGAGUAUUUUCAUUUUCUAUAAACAAGAUUCGAGGUGAAUAGAAAAAUCAAUGACUGCCAAUCAGAGUGACAUUGAUUAGGCAAAGCACCUGCCCUCAUGUUUUUAUGCCAAGCAAGGGUAUUUAAAUAACAAUCCUUGCCUUUUGACGGUGUUAAGGUUUUUUUUCUGUCAUAAGCACAUUUCACUUGCCAUGUAAAUUCUGCAUUUGGUGGAAAACACAAGAAAAACCCUGAACAUAGUGCACAGAAACUAGUAUUGAGAGUCAAAUACUUUGAUAUUACAGUGUUUUGCCUAACAGUAUGAGAAUGGUAUCUUUUAGUGUUCUUUUUGUUGAAGUAUGUAUCAGAGGAAAUUUUUUUUUAGAGCCACAUUUGUAAGUAAUUCCAUAAUUUUGAGAUUUAAAGAUACUUUUCUUUUUCUUUUGAUGAACUAGAAAGAAAGCCAGUCUUUUCAUUUUAUGCAGGGUAUAUUGUGUAUAGGAUGGCAUAGUUUUCAUGACAGUUUUUAAACUGUGUUCUUCCUCAUUGAACAAUAUUCAGGAUUACAUUCUUCAAUUUUUACCAAAAAUAUUAAGCAGGGAUUCCAAUACUUAACUGAUACCAAAUUUUCUUGCUGCAUCUGCGCAGUCCGGUCAGGAUCCGUUCUGUUCGCUAACAGUUUCUUUAAUUGCAAUAGGCAAACAGCAUGGAUCCUGACCAGACUAUGCGGAUGCGCAGGCUGGUCUGGAUCCAUGCUGGUCGCAAAUGCACUAUGUUGGUUUUCUCAUGGCGCGGCUCAAAUGUUUGCUUUCUGAGAGAGAUCUGUUAAAUCAGUCGACCUCUAGAUUUGUGUUGUUUUUAUUAUGCCCCUGAAGGGUGGCAUAUUAGUUUUCAACUGUCCAUCCGUUCGUUCGUUCGUUCAUUAGUUAGUUAGUUAGUUAGUUGGUUAGUUGGUUGGUUGGUUGGUUGGUUCGUUCGUUCGUUCGUUCGUUCGUCACAACGUUAACUUUUUGCAUGAAGGCACUUUACUCGCGAACCACUGCACCCAGGACCUUCAAACUUCACGUGCUGAUAGUACUUAUUGAGUACACCCUCUCUACUGACUUUGGGGUCACCAGGUCAAAGGUCAAGGUCACAGGGGCCAAUGUUAACUUUUUGCAUGAAGGCACUUUACUCUUGAACCACUGCACCCAGGACCUUCAAACUUCACCUGCUGAUAGUACUUAUUGAGUACACCAACCCUACUGACUUUGAGAGCAAAGGUCAAGGUCACAGGGGCCAACGUUAACUUUUUGCAUGAAGGCACUUUACUCGCGAACCACUGCACCCAGGACCUUCAAACUUCACGUGCUGAUAAUAUUUUAUGAGUACACCAACCCUUCUGACUUUGGGGUCACCAGGUCAAAGGUCAAGGUCACAGGGGCCAACGUUAACUUUUUGCAUGAAGGCACUUUACUCGCGAACCACUGCACCCAGGACCUUCAAACUUCACACGCUGAUAGUACUUAUUGAGUACACAACCCCUACUGACAUUGGGGUCACCAGGUCAAAGGUCAAGGUCACAGGGGCCAACCUUAAAUUUUUGAAUAAAGGCACUUUACUCGCGAACCACUGCACCCAGGACCUUCAAACUUCACACGCUGAUAGUACUUAUUGAGUACACCACUCCUACUGACUUUGGGGUCACCAGGUCAAAGGUCACGGUCACAGGGGCCAACAUUAAUUUUUUGCAUGAAAGCACUUUACUCGCGAAUCACUUCACCCAGGACCUUCAAACUUUACGUGCUGAUAAUAUUUUAUGAGUACACCAACCCUACUGACUUUGGGGUCACCAGGACAAAGGUCAAGGUCACAGGGGCCAAUGUUAACUUUUUGCAUGAAGGCACUUUACAUGCGAACCACUGCACCCAGGACCUUCAAACUUCACCUGCUGAUAGUACUUAUUGAGUACACCAACCCUACUGACUUUGAGAGCAAAGGUCAAGGUCACAGGGGCCAACGUUAACUUUCUGCAUGAAGGCACUUUACUCGCGAACCACUGCACCCAGGACCUUCAAACUUUACAUGCUGAUAAUAUUUUAUGAGUACACCAACCCUUCUGACUUUGGGGUCACAAGGUCAAAGGUCAAGGUCACAGGGGCCAAUGUUAACUUUUUGCAUGAAGGCACUUUACUCACGAACCACUGCACCCAGGACCUUCAAACUUCACACGCUGAUAGUACUUAUUGAGUACACAACCCCUACUGACUUUGGGGUCACCAGGUCAAAGGUCAAGGUCACAGGGGCCAACGUUAAAUUUUUGAAUAAAGGCACUUUACUCGCGAACCACUGCACCCAGGACCUUCAAACUUCACAUGCUGAUAGUACUUAUUGAGUACACCACUCCUACUGACUUUGGGGUCACCAGGUCAAAGGUCACGGUCACAGGGGCCAACAUUAAUUUUUUGCAUGAAAGCACUUUACUCGCGAAUCACUUCACCCAGGACCUUCAAACUUUACGUGCUGAUAAUAUUUUAUGAGUACACCAACCCUACUGACUUUGGGGUCACCAGGACAAAGGUCAAGGUCACAGGGGCCAAUGUUAACUUUUUGCAUGAAGGCACUUUACAUGCGAACCACUUCACCCAGGACCUUCAAACUUCACACGCUGAUAGUACUUAUUGACUACACCACCCCUACUGACUUCGGGGUCACCAGGUCAAAGGUCAAGGUGCUGCGGGGGCAUUUGUCACCAUUAGUGACAGCUCUUGUUGUUAUCUUGAAGUUAGGAAAUAUUUUUAUUACUUAGUAAUUGCAAGGAAAAAGUAAAAUAAUAAUAAGUGAUUCAGUGACUAUAAACUCAGCAAAUAUAUUUUUAAAAAAUGGAAAAAAUAUAUUGUGGAAGGAAAAGACAUUGUUACAUCUUGAGGUGAGCUCCUUCAUUACUCAGACUGGAAUGCUGAAAAAAUAAAAUAUUGUGCUUUUAUUUUCCAGGUAAUAUAAGUUAGCUUUCCGUGUUCUUAAUAUAAACAUGUGUUCUCUUAUUACUCUAUUUAAAAGUCUUUGCAUCCAGCACUAACAUUUAAAAUAAAUGUAAUAUUUUACUACAGGUGUUAUGUUAGAAGAAAUUGUAAAACGUUUGUUUACGUUAAUGCAUGCAGCCAGUUGUAAGUUUAAUAGUAUUAUAAUGUUAUAACAUUUAUCCCUUCCAUACCUAAAGCAUGCUAAAAUGUAUUGGUGUCUGAUUGUCCUUUCACCCUUCUGUAGAAUCAACAUUUAUUACACAAAACUUGUUUUGAACAUAUUUCUGAAAUAUCUAGGUCUGCAGCUAUCAAAUAUGGAAAUAUCUGACAUCCAAGGCAUAUACUGACACUUUUAGACAACAUCAAAAAGGAUUUUUUGAUUGAUUUGACGAAGUUCAAAAAAAUCUCCAUAUACCCUUGCUCCGUUACAGACUCCUGUGGGAUUUUGUGUUUUUUUCCGUGUGCAAAUAUUUGAAAUAUUUUGAAAAUGCUGCAUGACAGUGUAGAUAAAAAACCUUGAUUGGACUUGGUUUGCUAUUUUACACUGUCCCUGUGGUUUUGGAAAACCCUGCCUUACACAAAUGAGCUGUGCCAUGAGAAAACCAACAUAGUGGCUUUGCGACCAGCAUGGAUCCAGACCAGCCUGCGCAUCCGCGCAGUCUGGUCAGGCUCCAUGCUGUUCGCUUUUAAAGCCUAUUGGAAUUGGAGAAACUGUUAGCGAACAGCAUGGAUCCUGACCAGACUGCGCGGAUGCGCAGGCUGGUCUGGAUCCAUUCUGGUCGCAAAGCCACUAUGUUGGUUUUCUCAUGACGCGGCUCAAAUGGGCAUUUAAGAUCCUUGAAGUCUUUCCUUGCUAGGCAGGGAAUCUUGUCUUGAAUAUGUUUGUGUACAGUUUUGUUUAUAAUGCAAUAUCACAUCUAAUAACUGAGGCAUAGCUGUCAGUAACCCAAUGUACUACCUCAUCAUGGGAUAAAUACUGCAGGAAUAUGAACAAAUAAAUGUAGUAACUUAAAAAGUAGUUCCAGAAGUCACCUUGUAGGGUGGCUGAAUGUGUUAGUGAGUUGUUGAAAAAUAAUUUUCAUUAACCCUUACCAUGCUAGACAUGAUUGAUUCUGCCUAUGCGACCAGUGUAGAUCAUGAUCUGCACUGUUCGCUAUUCAGUCAGUAUCUUUUUGGUAUUCACCCCUGUACUGUAAAAAUUGAAAAAUGGACAAUUCCAUUAUAGAAAUUUAGCAGGGUAAGGGUUAAAGUUAACAUGUUGCAAGUGGAGUGUUGUAUUCCUUGUAUAUAGGGAACAUUGUUUUAUAUAGAUAUUGUAGAUAUCAGCUUGCUGUGAUAAUUAUUUUAAAUUCAUCUUUAAAUGGACCUGCCUCACUAUUUAUGUUGAUUGUUUUCUAAAUUUAUGCACUACUUUCUUUUGGAAUAGUAAAUAUAAAAUGAAAGGAAGUGAUUCAGUAAGUACUACGUUGUGUCUAUUUAUUAGAAAACAUCUGUGUAAGUCUUUGGAAUAAAACACAUUUGAAAGCAUUAGACAUGCAAAAAUGUUAAAUAAAAAGAAUUAAGCUGUGCUUCAAACUCCUAAAAUAGUAAACUUACUGUUUGAUCUACCUUAUUUGUAACCAGGUUUUUACUUGAAAUGCGUCUUUGUUUUCACGAUCAUGAUCAUUCAGACGAUUGGAGAUGGCACAUGUUGCAGAAUUAUAAUAAAUUAUAUAUAUAUAUACAUAUGUAUAUAUAUAAUGAUGCCAUUUAUACUGCCUAAUAUGUAUAGCCUUGUGUAAAAAAUGGGCAAAAUUAUAAUCUAAAAAAUAUCGAGUUUUUACAGAAUUUUUGCGUGGAAAUAUUGUUUUCAUGCCACUUUAGAUAUCCUGAAAUUCAAAACUCAUCAAGAUAUUUUGAAAAUUCAAAACAUAACACACCCUCAGACCUGUUUGCAGUGAUGUAUAACAUCGGUAGUAUUGUACUGAAUUGAAAGAAAUAUCAAAUUGAAUGAAAAAGCUUUGUUACAGAAAAUUUAGAUCAAACAGUAGGUAGUAUUGUGUAUGGUAUUUGAUAUAUAAAAAAUAUAAAUUCUGCUCUUCAUCUGGACGUAUUAGUAUAAUCACUAUAGCUAGAAAGUCACUUUGCAAUACAACUGUGUAAUUGUUUAUUGUUCUUAGUUUACUUUUAAUAAUAUACAAAUUGAACAAUAACACAA